CUACGCGAUAUUGCUAAGCGGUCAUGUGUGUUCCUCCGCGAUCCAUCGGACGCUACACCUGUGUCGUUUUACCCGUGAAAAAACAAUUCCACCAGUGAAUUUAACCACGGCAAACUAAUAAAAUCGAAAGAACAAACUGCUCAACAGUGUGAAUAAACGAAUAAACAACGAUAAGUUUUUAUUCGUCAAUUGUUCGUGCGAGUUGUUAUGAAACCGUGAUGUUUUUGUUUUUAUCUCCUGUGGAUUCGCGGAAAAGGGAGUGAGUGAAAAGGGGGGCGAAAGAAACGGUGAAACAGGGAAAAUUGAGGAGGGAAUUUUGGCGAUAGACGAGUGUAUUUUUUUUUUUUUUUGUGUACGUGGUAAGGCCUCGUCACGUGAGGCAGAACAGUCUCUCUCCGGGAAACAUCUCCCCACGGAAGGAGAAUAAAAUAACUUCAGUUGGCGGGAAUCGUUUCUUAGCGUCUCAGACAUGGUGGCUGGCUUUCCUAAACUCACCGGAUUGACCAAUGAAACCGUCAGGAUUAUAACAGUGUCGUGUUGAUGAUCAGUAGAGAGGUGUUUGUAGUGCAGUACGAUUAAUAUGGCGUACAAGUUUAGGGAAGAAAUUGUGGGAAAGAGGUUCCUAUCAGUGAGUGGCUUCAGCAAGCUCAAAGUGAAUAAAAUAAGUGAGUGGGGCUGGCGAUCUGGUGUUAUUCGUGCUGCAAGUCAUAGGGAUAACAACUGCCCCGAUCUUCAGGUCCUCGUAGAGUACGAUGAUGUAGAAUGGCAGAGACGAGAAUGGCUGUCACCUCACCGUGAUACUGUGUUCUCAUUUUUUCUCAUUGAAAAGGGCCUGUGUUGGUCAGAACGACCAGAACAACGACACAAUACCCUUCUUGUUGAUCAACACAAUAAUCAAGGAAAUAAUAAUCAUCAGCAUCGUCUAAACGGCAAAUCAAUUCGGACUACAACAACCGACACCACCACCGUUGCUUGGCCUGCAAUCAGUUUUUAUCCACUUGUGUCGAGAGCUCAACUCGAUGAGAACAUGAUGCCGGUGGAAUUCAUGCACGACAGGCGAUUGGAAUUCGUGGAUUACAGCAAACUUCGACCUUUUACUGACUGGGAACUGACCAAGAGUUCUGUAUCGUGGGCAAAUGCUGUGAGAAGAUGGGCCGAAAUGCAGGAUGGCCAGAGAAUACUCCUGACCACACCGAGUAUACUUGUUGGCUUCAGGGUCGAAGUUUAUCGUGCUGAAGGUACAACACAGUGGUACACUGCUGUUAUUGUCGGUUACAACGAGUCAACCAAGGAUUUAACGGUGACAGAUGACACAGUUUUGGAGGAUCAUAAUGAGGAUCCGGGACUUGUUCAGAUGCGACUCAUUGGAGAUGGAGUUGUGGAGAGUAUCAUGAGGGGCGAGGUUGUCGGCAUGACGCCGAGGAGGUCGAGGUCGUCGACUGGCCUGAUGACGCACUCUAUCGUUGUGCCACGAGUCGGAAGGAGACCUCGUGGACGACCGGGAAACGUCGCUUUAACAGCAGCUCAAGCACUGGUUCCUCCGCAGACUGAAAAAGAAAAAGUCACAGCGAGGAAUAACAAUCGUCGUGGACGAGUGAGUGAGGGUACAGUACGUGACAAGGUCGAAGAAUCAUCAAAAGAAGACAGAGAGAAUAAGGGCCCAACGACUGGUAAACCUGGCAAUCGUACCCCAAGACCGGUACUCGAAGAGACUAACAACGCAUCAGGUAGUGCUGGUAAAUUGCGGAAACGUCCAACCGGUAUAAAGAGUAACGAGAGCAAUUCACGUAGAUCAGUUCGAAGUAGAAGAACACCAGUUAAGUUUGAUAAAGAUAGAGCUGAUGAUGACGAUCAUAUCGGUGUGAAAGAUAAAGAGGAGAGAUUAGAUACAAGAACAUCAGAAGAGGAGAUCGAUGAGGAAGGAUCGGAGGAGGAUAUCGAGGACAACGAGCAUUAUCAAGAGCGUACAGAUCCCCUUGUCAAGCGUCUGAAGACAAGCACUCGAAAAUUGAGGUCAGACAGUAAAGAAUCAAACGAGAGUAAGCAAGUUGCAGGUGAACCAUUGGACAAAGAGGAUGAAGAUAAAAUCGUUGACGUAAGACAUUCGAGCGUUGAGGUAGAGGAGGACAGUGAAUCACGUGAGCGAGACAGAGAGCCAGAGCCACCACCUGCAGAGGCAGAAGAUACUGGUGGUAAUUUGGUGAUAGACGUUGAGCCAAAGCACGAGAUAGUACUGAAUGGAGAAAUCGGUAAAUCAGUAGAGGAUAAAACAUCACCUGAUCAGCCUGAACAUUCAUCAGUGGUUGAAGAAACAAAUAAACAAGAGGUGAUUGAGAAGUGCAAGGGUGUUGAGAAGAGUGAGGUAGAGUUGAACGAGUCUGGCAAGCAGGACGGCUCCGUGCUGGAUAGACUUAGUCCCGUGAACGGUGUGCCGGGGCGUCGCAGCCUGCUCCAUGAAGAGCAGGAACGUAACCGGCACAACGAGAGCCCAGUGAUACUAGCUGAGAGAUUAAAUAAACCACCACCAUCAUCAAACGUGUCUGGCCAUCAUUAUCCACAGCAUCAUCUACAGCCAUAUCAUCCUGGUAGAUAUACAACUGGUAGUCCGGUGAUUCAUCAUCAUCGUGCUAGUCCACAUAAUCAGCACGUCCUGACAUCGGGCCUCAUUGAUGUAAGUGAUAAAGGUUCAUCGCAAUCGUUGAAUUCAUCGCGCAUUGGCGACGAUGCCGGCAGCCAUCUCAUGGAGGUGGAGGCCGGUGCUAUUGGUGUACCUGGGGGGCCAUGUGGUGUCAUCGGGAUUACACCAAUUACCGGUAGAAGUGGUGCAUAUGGUGACAGUGGCUCGGACAGUGGGAUAAGCUCAUUAAGAAGUGCUGGAUCUGGUGACGAGAGAAGUGGCAGUCGUAGUUCAGCAUUGAGUGCAGAAGAGACUGCUGUACCAUCGACUGUUAAUUCAGCACUACCAGCACGUAUUUGGCACGUACACAGUGUACAACAUACUUCAUUGAUGAUGGCACAUCCGUCUAGUAGUACUGCUGCUAGUGGUACUAGUAGUACUGGACAAACUGUAACAGCACCACCUAGUACAACACCAUUGGGAUAUCAGAGCCCUGCUGGGCAUCAUCAUCCAGCUGCUGGGAGUGAAAUGCUCUGGAGGCCACCCAGAUAUCCAUCAUUGUCGCAUUCGCUGUUGGCACCUGGCCAACCAACUCCUGAAGAGCUACUCGAGAGGGAUCGACAUGAGAGAAUGUUACGGGAAAGGAGAGAAGCUGAGGUGCGUGAAUUGGAGAAACGUGAACGGGAGAGAGAGGCCAAAAUGGAGCGUGACAGACUGGAGAAGCUGAGGGCUACCGAGCAAGCUGUGCACAAGCACUUCGAGGAGUCUCUGAGACUUGCCCAUCAAAAGGUAUCUUAUACUCCGCAGAGAAGCAUGCAGUCUGCCUCAAUGGCAUGGAACAGUUUUAUUCCACUGCCACCACCUGGAAGUAGAUCUCAUCCAGCUCCACCACCCCACAGUGCCUUGACCGGUCACAGUGGACAUCAUCAUCCAGGGGGUGCAACCAGUCACUCAGUGACUGUUGCACAACAACAGCAGCAGCGAGAGAGAGAGGAAAGAGAUGCUAGGGAGAGAGAACGCGAUGCACAGGCUAGAGAACGUGAACGUGAACAUUUAGCAGCUGCUGAGCGACUCCACAGACAGGCUGAGGCGAGGGAUCAUGCGGUUGCACAGCAACGAGCUGCUUAUUAUGCAGCCACAGCACCAUCGACAGCUCAACAGGUAUUGAGACCGUCGAGUGUACCGACCAAAGUCGAGUAUCCACCGCCGCCAGCUCAUUCUCGAGCUUCAAAAACCUCUCUGCCAGUGGUGUCACAUCACGACAAGCCCCAAGUAGUGGGCCCCCCUCUCCCAAAAGCCGAGCCAAACGUCAGUCUGUUCAACUACUCGGCCUAUCAAACCCAGCCCACGUACAUUCACGAAUUAAAAUCUAAAAAUGAUCUCCAACACAAAGCAAUACAGGGAAAACCAUUGACCCACGAGCGUGAUCAUCAUGGUCGAGAAUUACUGCCAAAUCCGCCCCCUCUUCUCCCGGAUCACAAGAGUUCAGUCAUAGUGAAAAACGAGGGUAGAGAGCACCAAAAAGUGCCGCCCCCGCACUCGUCGAGUCCCAAAAUGAUGUCCUACUUGAAUGUCCAACAAGUGGGUCCCCCCCAACCCCAGCACAAGAGUGGUGUUACCUACGAGUAUCGCAGUCCAACGCAGAGCCCCCAUCACCUCCAUCACCUGGACAAUCUCCAAUCCAAAGGGCUACCGAGUCACCACAGACAGCCACCAACAGGUCCAACGUUACCCCCAAGUCCCCAUCAACCCCAUCCACACAAUCGUCAAUCACCCCACGCUCAUCCCCAUCAAACUCCCCAUCCAUCAUCCCCAGAAGCCCGUUACCUCAGCAGGCCGGAAACUGGUCUUUCUUAUGCGCCACCAAAAUCCACAUACUCCUAUCCCCAUCCACCAAAUGCCUCUCCCACAUCCCACUACCCCCCAACCCCCGGCUCAAAACCAAAAGUCAGUAGUCCAGCACCACCUCACAUAUACGGUAAACCAAAUUCUGGAAUAAUGACUGGUACACCAGUAUGCCGAGCUGAACCUGUUGUAACAGCAACACCACUACCACUCACCUCAAAAGCAGGUAGUUCGCCUUACCAGCAAGUGCCUCAUCAUCAUGGGGCGCCACAUCUACCCCCACCAGCUCAUAGCCGUGGAACAGUUUACGAUUCGCGCUUUCAACCGUCUCUACCAUCCUCAAAGCUACCACCACUUCACAGUUCACCGCCAGCGGCAUCAGUUCCACGACCAGUUGUCACUCAUCCACAUCAUUUGACGCCCGUUCAGCCAAUUCAUCCGGCCCCCAUGAAUACCAUGCACACAAAUUUCCAAACACAACCGUUGGAUUUGGGAGUUGAGAGAUCCACUUCACCGAAAAGAAAAGCACCAACACCAGUUGAUGGUGGGCAACCAGUGGCACUUGAGUGUAAAAAGAGAAGAACUGAGGAGCCACAACAGCCACUGUCACUGCAGUGCAUUGGACCUCCUGUUUUGUCGAGGGUCAGUGAGCCUAGUCCAUUGAUAGCAUCAGCUGCAACGUCUAUAACGACCGUUGUCAAUACAGCAUUGCUACCCCAGCCCAGUAAUCAGGAACGUACUCUUGUUUCUAUAAGUCCAGCACCGAGAACAGCCAGUGGUGAUGGGUCUGUCAGGCCGGCAAGCACUGGUAGUGUUGGAUCAUUGAAUCCAACGUCAAGUGCAACACCAAGUGCUGCCCCAAGUCCAGCACCAGCCCCAAGUCCACUACCCCAAAAUCCAAGUCCAGCGCCAAGUGCUGCAUCAGCACCUGGUACACCUGCCAAGGGAACUAAUCCGACUAAUACUGAUAGUGAAAAAUCCAAUAGUCCAGCGCCAAGGCCACCGAGUAGAACCAAUUAUCCAGUUCACAAGCUCAAAAAGGCAUGGCUACAGAGGCAUUCAGGGGAGGACGCUACUGAGGACAAUACUGGGGUCGUUGGCAGUGGUUCUUGUGUUACGUUACCCCUUAAUAUUGCACAAGCACCGUCACAACCGCUCAAUAAUAAGGAACGAGAGAGUACGACUACUAGUCUAACAAGUGCCGUUAAUUCUAUACACAAUAUCGGAAGUAUGGCGGUUAAUAGUAUAAAUAAGAGUAAAGUCACGGGGAAGAGUGGAAGAAAGGGGGGAAAUAAGGAGAUCAAUGGGCAUGGCAAUGACAGUAAGGGAUUGCAAGAGGACUCCUCGAGCAGCGAUCCGGAGAGAAAGUCGCCGCCCAAGAGGAAACCUCCCAAGGUAAAACGAAAGAAGGGAGCUGGACGGAGACAACAAACACCGGUGGACGACCAGCGCAGGAGGAAAGAGGAUAAACAAGCCAGCGGCGGUGGGGCUGGGAGUGAUUCGAGCAAUGAGAGUGAAGCGGGAUCAGCAAGUGAUGAGAGUGAGACUAUUCAACCUACUUCUAGGAGGCACCCAACUACGAACUCAAAUAAUUCAUCAGAAAAUGGAAGUAACAAGGAGCCACGCAAGCGUGGUAGACGACCAAAAUCAUCAAAGGGAAAUGAAACUGGCGGCGAAGACCAACAGCCACGUCAAAAAAAAGAACGACGCGAUGAGAGCACUGGCAGUGGGGGUGAUGGACAAGAUGGUGACAAGACAGAUCCAUUUUAUAAACCAUCAAUUCUCGAGUUGAAGAGAACUGGCGACAGUUGGUUGCAGGAUAAUUCGUGCUUCACUGUUGCACCGAGAUUAGUAAAGUGUCGUGAGUGCAGAAUGACACCAAAUCAACGACUGAAAACUCAACUACCGAAGAAUAUAUUCUGCAGAUUUUAUGCAUUUAGAAGACUGCGAUACAUAAAGAGUCAAUUGGCGAUUGCAGGGUACAGUGAUCCACACAAAGAUGCCUCUGAGGAUGACCUUCGGCUCUGGCUACCUGGUAAUCACGAGCCCUCCACCAACAGCAAGGACGAAAAAGCCGAAAAGAGUGAAGAUGAGAAGCCAGCGGAUAAACAACCGUUGGAUCUUGAAAUGGCUUGCAGAUUAUUGAGGCAGGUUGGUGAUCAGUUUUGUGAUCUUCUUCAUCAGGAGAAAAAUGCACUGCAGGAGCACAUGGCCGAGGCGAGUUCGGGGGUUGUAGACGGAACAGUUGCUUGGAAACGAGUCAUUCAGGGUGUCCGAGAGCUGUGUGACGUCUGCGAGACAACACUUUUCAAUUAUCACUGGACUUGUGGUCGAUGUGGUUUCGUCGUAUGCAUUGAUUGUUACAAGGGCCGAAAGGAUGGAACAAUAAAAAUUUGGGGAGAAGGUGGAAAGGGUCGUGACGACUUCUCUUGGUUGCUCUGCACAAAUCGUCAGGUUCACGAGCCAGAAAGACUGAUGCUAACCCAAAUGAUAGCCGGUUCCAGUCUAACAAAAAUCGGACAAAUGCUCCACGAGGCGCGCGCCGAGUGGGGCAUACCCCAGCACUGCAGUUGCUCCAUAGCAAAAUCAACAACAGCCCAGUUGAACGACACCCUCCGUAGCCUGGUUAAAGGUGAACCUGUUACUCUCAACGGUAACAUCAAGCAGGAGCUGAUGAAAGACGAAAAGAGAAAUCAAAACGACUCAAAUGGAGGAUCAGAUGCUAAGACAAAUGGUGAAGACAAGAAUUCACCUUUGAAUUGGCUGGCUGAUGUAGCACUGCAGAAUCAGGAUAAGAACGAUAGUGGCUCGAGUUCAGAUUCCGAUGAGGAUCGUGACGGUAAUUACUCGACACUGAGGGAAUUACUUAUCAGGCCCUCUCACAAACCGAACGGCAGUGGAUCGAGAUCAAAUUCUCCAACAAAUUCACCAGGUAAUACCAAUCAAACUGGCAACACGAGUCAAAAUAAUACGGUAAAGACAGGUAAAAAAUCUAAGAUGGACACUUUAGAUGAAGUGAUUUCAAGUGUUAUUGAGCACAGUGUGAAGAAGGAAAAAGACGGUAUUGAUAAUGACGAUAAGCCACGUGAGCUGAAACACUUUGUGCGAAGGUACAAGUGGACUCAGCAUGGUCGUGAGCCCCUGCCAAUCAGAAUAAUGACACUGACUGAGAGCAAAAGUCUGUAUCCAGAUGUACCUCACUCGUGGUUGUGCGAUGGCAAGCUACUGAAGCUUAACGAUCCCCAUAAUAUCAACAACUACAGGAUAUUCCAGGAUCAGUGGAAGCGUGGACAACCUGUGAUUGUGUCUGAUGUUGCUAAAUCACUUGACAUGGAGCUCUGGCAUCCAGAUGCCUUUGCACGAGACUUUGGUGAUGAGAAAAAUGAUCUUAUCAACUGUAUGAAUGGCAAUUUGGUGCCAAAUCAGCCCAUGAAAAAAUUCUGGGAGGGUUUUGAAAAUUUCUCCAAGAGGCUAAAGGAUGACAAGGGCAAUCCUAUGCUGUUGAAACUCAAGGAUUGGCCGCCAGGCGAUGAUUUUGCUGAACUAUUGCCCUCCAGAUUUGCUGAUCUCAUGAAAGUCCUUCCAUUGUCGGAAUAUACACAUCGUGAUGGACGUUUAAAUCUAGCUAGUAGACUACCAUGCUGCUUUAUAAGGCCUGAUCUUGGGCCGAAAAUGUACAAUGCAUAUGGCUCAGCAAUGUAUUCAAACAAAGGCACCACAAAUCUUCAUCUUGACAUUUCAGAUGCUGUCAAUGUGAUGGUAUACGUAGGUAUACCUCAGGACAGCGAUAAAGAGCAGCACAUUGCUGAAGCACUCAGGGCUAUUGAUGAGGCUGGCUGUGAUGUAUUGACAAAACGUCGUGUGCGUGAGAGGGGCGAGGCACCUGGUGCACUGUGGCAUAUUUAUGCAGCGCGUGAUGCUGAUAAAAUCAGGGAUUUACUGAAUGCUGUUGCUAUUGAAAGGGGUGCACGACUCGAGCCCCAUCAUGAUCCAAUUCACGAUCAGAGUUUCUAUCUCGAUGGUAAAUUAAGAAAAAGGCUUUAUGAACAGUAUGGAGUUGAGGGUUAUGCUGUUGUACAGUGUCUGGGUGAUGCUGUUUUUGUGCCAGCUGGUGCACCACAUCAAGUCAGAAAUCUUCACAAUUGUAUUAAAGUUGCUGAAGACUUUGUAUCACCUGAAAAUGUAUCACACUGUUUUCAUCUUACUCAGGAGUUUCGAGCACUGUCCGAUACACACACUAAUCACGAGGAUAAAUUACAGAUUAAGAAUAUUAUUUAUCAUACUGUUAAGGAUGCCCUUACGGUACUGGCUAAUGCCAAGGAGGAGGCAAUCUCGAAGCUCAAGGGAAAGGUCGCGGUCAAAGAGGAGACGUAGUUGUUGGGUCGAUGAUCAUCUGAGAUAUAUUCAGCGUCAGAUUGAACUGACUUUUAUUUCUUGUUUGAUGAAUUACAAGAAAUUUUGGUGUUUGGAGAGAGUGAGAGAGAGACCUAGGAGGUCUCAGUUGGUGCUUCAAACACGGAGGAAGAAUGGAAUGGGCCACAACGUGGUACAUUAAGGUGAAUGGAUUUGUUUGUCCAUUGGGAGGAGGACCACACGCCCUAGUUUGUUGUGAUAUAAAUAUUUUUGACGAGGAUUUAAUUAGUGGAAAUACCUUUUUUUUAAUUUCGAUAUUGGCUGAGCCAAUGGCGGUAACACGUUGUUCAUCCGUACGGUUAUCUCUUUCACCUCGAUUAUGAUUUAUCAUCAGAAGGAAGAAUUCAACGUUUUUCUUUAUGAAACCAGUUCUUUUCAUUUUCAUUUAUGGUUAAGGACAAUGAAGUCCCUGAGAUUUAACACCACUUUCUUUUAGUAGUUUCUUUUUUUUAAUGUGGAUUCGAGGGGCUCUGGCCUCUGUCCGAACUAUUAUUGUGAUACCAGAGGGUCUUUUGGAUCAUAAAAAUCAUUUGUAAUUAGUUAUAUCGUGCCUGUAUCCAAUACACACUGUCUAUUCUAUUAUAAUUGUAGAUAAAUGAUUUAAUUGUAGUUGUAAUGAUAAUGAUGAUAUUGUAAUAAAUUCCUUAUGGUUGAUUAUGGAAAAGAGAGUGUGAAAGUGUGUACAGAUUAAUGAACUUUGUGCAAUUUGACGUUAUUUACCAUCGUAUUGCCCUGUUGGACUUAUUCAAUAUGAAUGAAUAAAUAAAUCCGUGUGACUGUCAGAUAGAAUUUUUUUUUGGUGAAUUUGUUUGUGGGUUUUUUGAAACAUUGAUGAACACUGCCUCUAGAAGGAAAAUUCACGUCCAGAAAAUUUUUGUUUUAUGUUUAACUUUUUUUUUUAUCAUUGGGAAUUUCGGAAAUUACAACUGGUACAUGACAAAAUGCCGUCCUUACUGAAUCUGGACAUGACGUUUAUUUGUUAACAAUUCGAGGCACAAUUUUGGAAUAAAUUUAGCUCGUCGAGAGUUAUAGCUGUACAAUGGGUUUUAUGUUACUGUAAAAAUUAUAAAAUUUUUCAAAGUGCCAAUGUCGAGCGGGGGUGGUGCUUAUAGUCAUUGAUAAAUUAUUGAGAAGAGUCUCGAUGUAGUUCGGACGUAAAGUGGAAGAUAAAUGACUGGGGCUGAGUUCCUAUACAUUUUUUUCCUUCUUCAUGUCAGUGAUAGCUAUAGAAUAUACUUUAGGCUCAACCUUUCCUUUCGUGGGGGGAUUGGAUCUAUGCUCACUGAGUCACAAGAGAAAAUAAACAGGAAGUGGGGCAGAAUGGGAAUUCCUCUCAAAUCUUUGAGAAGUCAAGUGUUUUUCGUACAACUCUUUGUCUUACUCAAACAAAAUCGUGAAUAAUGAACGCGUCAGACACAUUUAAAAACGUCUUAAUAUUUCAUUUUUUAAGUAAAACAAUAGGUGCUUAAUAUUUUUAAUCAAAUUGUUUACUCCAUCAGUAUUGUCAAUGAAAACAAAUGCACUGAGUCAUGGUGAUGGGGUGUUAGAAGAACCUGGUGUGCCCCAUAUCCUGUGCAGCAGGUACGAUUUAUCGAUUUCGUUGAUCUCAGUUACUUUCUAGCGAAUACAACGACUUGAUUUAAUUGAUAUUUAAUGAGAGCUUUUUCGAAUUUUUCCCCUUCUUAAUGAACGUUUGAGAUAAUAAUGUGAAUGGAGGAUUCGGUACACGUGUAUAAAGAAUGUUAGGAGAAAAGGGAGAGAUGAAACAAUGUUAUUGGUGUAUUAUCAGCAGCAGCAGGUAAAUUCGUUGUUUCGUCGCUGAUUUCUGUAAAUAUUAGACUUCUUGUGUUUAUCAGCAUCGAUAUGUAUACUAUACAUAUAUAAAUAUGAAGGAAGUAGGUUAUAAGGUCUAUGUACACACUCCAGUCGCUGAGGAUCGAGGGAAUUUAUGAAAACAUUAAUAAUUUAGACGCGUCUUUAAAUAGGUAUGUUGUCAUUAUCAUCAUUAAUAUAAUCAUUAUCAUGGUUUCAUUAGAACAAAAUAUAGAAUAUUUCAAUGUUGCUGAAUAUGUGGAGUAGGGAACGAAAAAUGUGGAGUAGAAAAACUAAAAAAAAAACGAACGUGAGUCGGUUUUAUUGUCAACUGGGGAAAACUAAAUGACUGUUUGGAUGUUAAAUAAAUGGAGUACGUGAGUGUGAAUAGGGAGUGAGUGAUUGGGGGUGAUAGUGGGUUACGAGAGACAGGUGUGGAAUUACAUAUGGAUUAAGGUGUAUAGUGUGUACAGUCUAGGGAAAAUCGUAAUUAAAUGAGUUAGAGGAAUAAUGAUUACCUAUUGCCCAGUGUCCUGGAUAACCAUCGGCCGACCCUUUCUCAAAGUCAUGGCAGUUAUGAUAACCGCGGGCCGGCGGAGGUUUGAGUAUAAUUUUUUGUACUGUGUAAAUGUAAGAAUACGUUUGAAUAAGAAAUGUUUAUAUUAUAA